UCUCCUGGUGUUUGGACCAGACCAGGCUCUUGGGACCCUGCCUCUGAAGUCAGCAGGUCAGACAGGGCGGCAGGAUGUUUUCCUGUAGGUCUCAAAGUGGGUAGUCCAGCCCCUGGGCCCUGAUCUGCCCCUGCCCAUGAGGGGCUUCCCGCCUGCCGGGAGGGUGACUCCCUGUCACGGGGCCUGUAGGGGACAGGCCAUGGCCUUUGGGUCCUGGCUGUUCUUAAGCUCUCCUGGGACUCUUCUCAGGGUCCUCCUAGAUGCCCUUGGUCUCUCAGGACUGCAUGGCCCCACGUAGGGCGACACAUGGCAACUGAGUCUCAAGUCAGUCCAAGUAAACAGUCUGUCUAGUGUCCACGACUCAUGUGAUUAGGACUCCCCUUUGCUGGCACCCACCGUUAGCCAGUUGAGGAAAAGCCUGGACCAGGGGUUGGGUGCCUGGGUUGGGGUGGGGGUCCCCUAAAUGCAAGAGUUCUGUCCUACAUCAGCUACCCCCCCUCCACCACCAGAGCAAGCCCAGGCAACACCACCCCCUAGGUACCUUUGUGCUGCGAAUGCCCCUCUCCAGCAUGCCUGUAGGAAGGAGCAGGGGAAGAGGCUCCGCUGGGAAGGGUGUAGAACCCCAUAGUGCCUGAGCUGGAUGCAGAGCCCCUGCAGCUCUGCCUGGACACAGUCACUCCCAGGGGGCGGCCUGCUCUGGGGAAGGGGCUGGCCAGCCCUGCCCCCUCCUGCAGGGCAGCUUUGAUCCCAGGGCCUGGGAGGAGGAGGGGCUCCGGUUACAGCAGUCCCCCCUCCCCUCUCUGGCCAGAGCCGCCCUUCUCCGCCCCUCGGUGACCCUCGUCGCCAGUGUCUCUGCUCCUGAGCGCCAGCCCCUCCCCGGCCUUCCUCCCGUCUCCCCGCCCCCUGCCCUGAGCUGACCAGAGGGGCCAGGCGGGGGAGGGGCCGGUGCCACAUGCACGGACUCUGCUCUACCCGGUCCGAGGCCAGCGUCUGCUGUGGGCUCCGACCUGGGCACAGGGGAGCCCAGGGCAGACAACAGGGGCACCGAUCGCAGGUCUGGGAGGGUGGAUGCCUGCAGGGCGUGGGGCUCAGCAGGGUCUGAGGAGGGGCUAGUGGCCACACCCCCCACCCUGUGGGCCCGCGGUCCUCAUGCCGGCCCUGAGGCCGCUCCUGCCGCUGUUGCUCCUGGCUGGGCUGACUGUGGGGGCCAGCCUGCCGCCGGGGCCUGGGGGCCACCCGGGGGUGUGCCCCAACCAGCUCAGCCCCAACCUGUGGGUGGACGCGCAGAGCACCUGUGAGCGAGAGUGCGUCGGAGAUCAGGAUUGUGCGGCCACCGAGAAGUGCUGUACCAACGUGUGUGGGCUGCAGAGCUGCGUGGCUGCCCGCUUCCCUGACGGCGGCCCGGCCGCACCCAGGCUGGCGGCCUCGUGUGAGGGCUUCGUGUGUGCACAGCAGGGCUCCGACUGCGACAUCUGGGACGGGCAGCCGGUGUGCCGCUGCCGGGACCGCUGUGAGAAGGAGCCCAGCUUCACCUGCGCCUCGGAUGGCCUCACCUACUACAACCGCUGCUAUAUGGACGCUGAGGCCUGCCUGCGCGGCCUGCGCCUGCACGUCGUGCCCUGCAAGCACGUCCUCAGCUGGCCACCCAGCAGCCCCAGGCCCCCCGAGACCACCGCCCGCCCCACGCCUGGGGAUGCCCCAGUGCCGCCCGCCCUCUACAGCAGCCCCUCCCCGCAGGCAGUAUAUGUGGGGGGCACAGCCAGCCUCCACUGCGACGUCAGCGGCCGCCCGCCCCCCGCCGUGACCUGGGAGAAGCAGAGUGACCAGCGAGAGAACCUGAUCAUGCGGCCAGACCAGAUGUACGGAAACGUGGUGGUCACCAGCAUUGGGCAGCUGGUGCUUUACAACGCCCAGCCCGAGGACGCUGGCCUCUACACGUGCACGGCGCGCAACGCCGCUGGCCUGCUGCGUGCCGACUUCCCGCUGUCCGUGGUCCAGCGAGAUCCGGCCAGGGCUGGGGCCCACGAGGCUGCCACCGCCCCGGCCCAGUGCCUGCCCAGCACGCAGGCCUGUGUCGGCCCCCCGUCUGGCCGGGUCCUCUGGCACUUUGACCCGCAGCGGCGCGGCUGCAUGACCUUCCCCGUGGGCAGCUGUGCUGGGGGUGCCCAGGGCUUUGAGACCUAUGAGGCGUGCCAGCAGGCGUGUGCCCGUGACCCCGGGGACGCCUGCGCGCUGCCGGCCGUGCAGGGCCCCUGCCAGGGCUGGGAGCCACGCUGGGCCUACAGCCCGCUGCUGCAGCACUGCCACCCCUUCGAGUACAGCGGCUGCGAGGGCAACGGCAACAACUUUGAGAGCCGCGAGAGCUGUGAGCACGCCUGCCCAGUGCCGCGCACGCCGCCCUGCCGGGCCUGCCGGCUCCGCAGCAAGCUGGCGCUCAGCCUGUGCCGCAGCGACUUCGCCAUCGUGGGGCGGCUCACCGAGGUGCUGGAGGAGCCCGAGGCGGGCGGCGGCAGCAUCGCACGCGUGGCGCUGGACGAGGUGCUCAAGGACGACAAGAUGGGCCUCCGGCUCCUGGGCACCAAGUACCUGGAGGUGACGCUGGUCGGUGUGGACCGAGCCUGCCCCUGCCCCAACGUGACGGCCGGCGAUGGCCCACUGGUCAUCAUGGGCGAGGUGCGUGACGGCGUGGCCAUGCUGGACGCGGGCAGCUAUGUGCGCACCGCCAGUGAGAAGCGCGUCAAGAAGAUCACUGAGCUGCUAGAAAGGAAGGCCUGUGAGCUGCUCAACCGCUUCCAGGACUAGCCUGCCCACCAACCCACGGCCCCAGCUCCCCACCAACCUGCUAGGCCCCGCCCUC